GUAGAAUCUAGAGUUUGACUACCAUGAGUCCAAGUGAAAAUACCACCAGAGAAGGGAGGUGAAAGAAGACCACACGCAUCAAUGCAACUCCUGAAAUCUUCCAUAUCAAGAAGGGGCUUUCCUAGCUUCUUUAGAUGCCUUGGGAAUGGGUAAUGAGGUUGAGCAUUUUUAGGCAUAGGAAGUUCAAAAGGAAUCAGAUUGGAGUUGAUCCAAAUAGUGGGUUCUGCUUCCCCUUCAGAGUGGAAUCCAGCUUCAGGAAAAUCUUAGAUGCAAAAGACUUGGCAGCUGGGAAGGAAGGGAAAUGGUCAUGGACCUUGAACAGGGAGGGUAGAGACCAAGGGGAUUGGGAAUCAAGCUCUGGGGAUGUUUCCUGUACUUUGGCUUCUUCCUCUUUGUCUGGUUGCAAAUCAAUAGGCAGUGGGGUUACAGGGUAUACCAUUUCAGUAGCUACAGCUGUUUCCACAGCUGAUCCUGAGACUACUGAGGGGUCUUGAAGCCCAGAGACAGAUACAGUUUGAAGAACCAAGUUUGUGACAGAGGGUGCAGAAUCCUGGCACAUCUUCAUAACUGCAAUUAAGUUCCAAGUCCCUAGGGCCAAUUCUUAAAUGAAUCUUGGGUGGGAGAGGUUGUGAGAUAUCAAUCUCAAUACAACAUCUAGCUUCUUCAGUACGAAUCAGAUUUGAAGUUUGUGAGUCCAUAAGGAGAGGUUUUCCCAGAGUACUAGCUAUGGUGAAGAGAGCUUUGAAAUUUAGAAGGACAUCUUUUUUGCUGAACAUUCGAAGUCUGAAUCCCCCAAUGAAUCCAAUGCCUACAAGGAAAUCAUGGAUAUCCUGGGCUGAAUGAAGUUGCUGGUCCUACCAACAACAGCGUGUUUGAGGUUUCCAUUAAGUUGUCUCUCCUCGUCCAGGGUGAAGGAGGCAGAAGGCAUGCCCUUAAAGCAGCCUUCCACUCUGCCAAGAGCUUGGAUUCCAUCUUCUUUGAACAGCUGACUGAAUAGUUUCUUUGUAUUAGGAUAUUGAGUAGACGCUCUUUGUUGCCCAGAUCCCUAGUAAAGAAACUCCUUCUGG